UCCUUUGUUUUUAUCGUCAACUGUCAAAACAGAGAAAAAUAAUUAUUUCUUGAUGAUUUUAUCAAUUAAGCCAUAGUUUUUCGUAUUUUACUUUUUCCAGAGCGUGUAAAAUAAUGUCCAACUUCGAUCAGUUCCUGAAAACAUCACUGAAAAAGUAUCGGCAUCCGGAUGUGGCAAAAUCAGAUGUUGCGACAGCUUUUAGAACAUUCACUGACCUUCGGCCAAAAGUGGAGGAUUUUGUGUUCAAUGAUGGCUCAACAAGAAAUUUGCUGCAACUAGAUGGAACAAUACCAGUUACAUAUAAAGGCAAUGUAUACAACAUCCCAAUCUGUAUCUGGUUGAUGGACACACAUCCAUACAAUCCCCCAAUGGUGUAUGUCAAACCCACGACCACCAUGCAGAUCAAGUCUGGGAGGAAUGUGGACCAGAAUGGAAAAGUAGAUCUGCCAUACCUACGAGAAUGGAAAUAUCCUGACUCUGACCUCUAUGGGAUGAUCCAGAUCUUGACAAUUGUAUUUGGGGAAGAGCCUCCAGUCUAUUCUAGGUCAGCCCCACCCCCCUCUCAGCCUCCCAGAUACCCUGGAGGAAACACGCCAUACCCUGCCUCAGGGGGAUAUGGUAUGCCGAUGCCGGGAGUAAGUGGUCCUCAGGCCAGCUAUCCUAGCAACACACCCUAUCCUAACCCUGGGGGUUACCCAGCAUCUCCUGGGACAGGGUACCCAGGACAGUUCUCUGGAUACAAUCCACCAGCUAGUGGUUACCAAGGUUACCCUUCAAGCUAUCCAUCAACAACAGCAACAUCAAGUUACCCUAGCAACCCGCCAUAUCCCUCAUCCACGCCCUAUAGUUCAUCUUCGGCAAGCAGCUACCCUACCACAGAGUCAACGGCCUCAAACUACAACAACAUUUCCGGCACCAGCACUGUGACAGAGGAACACUUGAAGGCCUCUCUGUUGUCAGCUGUGGAAGAUAAGAUGAGAAGAAGCCUGAGGGAGACUUUUCAACAAGCACAGGCGGAGAUGGAUGUUUUGUACAAAACCCAGGCAGAUUUGCUCAAGGGCAAAGAUAAACUGGAACAGAUGAUGGCUGAUCUCGACAAGGAAAAGGUGGAAAUAGAGGGAAAUGUGAAACUGUUGCGACAAAAAGAUCAGGAAGUUAAGGAAGCGCUGGGACGCAUGGAAAACCAGGACCAGAUUAGUAUAGAUGAGGCUGUAGAUACGACCGCGCCAUUGUACAGACAAUUAUUGAAAGCUUUUGCAGAGGAACAAGCGAUUGAAGAUGCAAUGUACUACCUUGGUAUUGCAUUGAGGAAAAAUGUUAUUGAUUUAGAAGUAUUUUUAAAGAAUGUUCGAGAAUUAUCGAGAAAACAGUUUAUGCUACGGGCAUUGAUACAAAAAUGUCGAGAAAAAGCUGGACUACCUGCGAUUGCAUGAAGUGUUUUGUAUAUUGUUUAAACUGGUCAUGAGACAAUAUGUGAAUACAGUUAGGCCUAAAGAAAUAAUUUGUUUGUUUCCAGGUUUCAUGCCCCAUAAUAAUAUGAAGCUAGGUCGGAAGUUCUUUUCUGGGGAAUAUUUUUUUAUAAGCCAUUUUUUGGGAGUAUUUUUCUGGCACCAAAAUCUAUAUGUUUUCUGCUUUAAUAAAACAUCGAUACACCCUGUUUUAGCAUCACUGGUAUUGUUAAAAGUGGAAAUAAUAAUUUUCAUAAAAAAAUGAGAAAACAUCUCUCAUAGUAAUAAAAGCAUCAAGGGUUGGGGCAAUAAAAGGUCGGAAAACUGAAAACAAACAUAAAAUUUGUUUAUGUCUUAUCUCUAUGUUAAUGAUUUAACAUAAGUCUUACUGGAUAUAUGAUAGUCAAGAGUGGUGAAAAAUGAUGCGUUUUUUUCCAAAUGUUUUACUACGGUCACGGAAAAAGGUCCGUGCUACAGUUCAUGUAUUUGUUUGUAUUUUUAUGGAAAUUAAAUCAUUGGUUUCACUCUCAUUAAAAGAUGACAAUUAUUUGUUAGGUACAUGUACAUCAUUUAUCAUUUUGUAUACAUGUUUUAUUUCUUAAUGAUUAAAAUAAAUUGUUUGUAACUCAAUAAGGGAGUUUCCUUUUAAACUUACAACUUACUGCAGAAAGCACCUUCCCGCUUUCAUUUUAAAAGGUAAAAAACAAACAGGAAACCUUACCUUAUAGAUUUUCUUUAUUUUGCCUGCCUGGGGUAGGUUUUAUGUUAAAUUGGAAGAGUCCUAUUGAAAUGAUGAAAAUACAGUACAGUACACAAUUAUAUUUUCAUUUUGUCUAUUGCUUAGCAACACAAUCUAUUUAAUUAUGUUAAGUAUACAGGAUUGAAUAAUGCUCCAUGCAACUUCGCCUCCAAAAAUGGCAUAUAUACUUAUACACGUGUGUAUUCUCUGAUUUCCUGCAAUUUCUAGUUGAUCUUUUGUUACACAGUAACACACACUAAUUGUUAAAUGACCACCUUUAUACUAAUCAUCCUUGAUGUAUAUUGUGUCCACAAUUUAAUGUUUAUGGACCGAUGACUGCAAAUAGUUGAAGACAGGAAUUAUUCAUAUUCUGGUAUAUUCCGGUAUAUGCAACGUUGUACCAUUAAAAGAUACAUGUUUCUUUAGAAAUAUUAGAACCAUCAAUACGUUACAUGAAUCUUAAUCGCCGUAGUUUAACUUUAAUUUGUUUGAGAAUAAGAAAACCUACAGUAUCAUCUAUUUCUGUUGAUUGAUUUUGCUUAUGGAGUAAGACAAUGGUAGUAGCUAAGCCAGAACUUUGCUCCAUAUUCUGUAGAAUGCAGAAAAAAUCUACAUUAUUUAGUCUACAGAAUACUUUUAAAAUCUCCAAAUAUCAUUCAUAGACGGGAUUUUUUGUUUCUGUCUGUUUUUUCACAGUCCAAAGCAAACAUUUAAAAGUUUUAAGUUACAUCAAAAUUGACAAUUGUUCAAAAUCUACACAAGUUGUUAAAGCAGCACUCUCACAGAUUUACCGGUUUUCCAACUUUUGUAUUAUUCUGUCUUUGAACGAGCCUUUCAUCACUGGUAUGCAGAUAUUUAAGCAAAAAAUUGCUGAUUCCAAGACAAAAAAAUCAAAAAGUUGUCAAAACAGUAUAUCUUUGAGAGUGCAGCUUUAAACAGUGUCUGGAUUUUGUCUGUUUUAACCAUGGUUAAGAUGUCCUAAGAUUAUUCAUAGACUGGUCUUUAAUGUUUUUGUUUGUUUCUUUUUCGUUGCAAAGAAAACAUGGUAAAAGUGUAGUCAUCCGUAAAGUACAUCACAAGUGACACAUGUUCAAAAUAUACGCUACGGUUCUAGUUAUUAAAAAGACUGUCAAGACUUUGUCCUUUACCAUGGUGUCUUUGAAACCAGUCGAAAUCAUGCAAAACUUCAUGAGUAUUGGCAAAACCUUGAAACCAGUGAAUUAUGAACAUGAAACUUGGUACACUUGUUAGCUAAGGAACAUGUGACAAAUCCCAUCACUCUUAAAUUAAGUUUUGCUCUGUAGCCUUUUUAGCAGUCUCGUACAUCCGAGUGAUGAUGCUAUAAUAUGUAUUAGAUUUAUCAAACCCCUGAUGAAUGAUUAUACCUUUUGAGGGGAGCAAACGAAAACCUGGGUAGGCAUGCUUGCAGUACAAUUGUAUUUUGUUUUUGUAAAUAUGUUUUUUUGUUAUUUAGAAAAAACAGACAGUGUUUUGCUGUAGCAAUUGAAAUUGUGAUCUGUAUCAUAUACAGAUCUUAUACAUGCAAGAUGUUUCUGCGUUAAUCAUUAUGAAUAAAUUGAUAAUCUGCA